GCAUCACAAAGGUGAAUAGUUUGAACUCAACGUUCACGUAUCAGACUUAAUUUUUUACUUUUGUGCUUUGUAUAACUGCAUUAUAAUUAUAAUUGCUUUAUAUGUUUGUAGAUAAAGUGUUGUACAAGUUUAUUAGCCAGCUUAAUACACACACCAAAAGGUUAUAAUGGCAAUAAAGCUGAAUUUGUUCAUUACCAUUCUGAUGUUCUCUACAUAUUAUUUCACAGAGGUUUAUUCCCUAGUGGAAUUUACAAACGUUCAGUGCGAGUCUCUGGAUAAGAACUUUGCUUUAAUUGAAUAUUGUUAUCUGAAAUCUGUAAACCGAUCUUACAAAUAUGUUUCGAUUAAAGUUAACCUCCUAAAGCUACCCAUAUAUAAAGUCAAGAUAAGCUUUGGUCUCUAUAAACGAUUGACUGGAUAUAAGCCUUUUCUCUACAAUGCGACUUUGGAUGCGUGUAAAUUCCUUAAAUCGCCGAAUUCCAAUCCGGUCGCUCUUUUUUUUUAUAAUUGUUUCAAAGAGUAUUCCAACAUGAACCACACAUGUCCUUUUAACCAUGAUAUUGUGCUGGAUAAGAUGUCAUAUCAUAGCAUAAAUAAUAAGAUCACCAAAAUACUGCCCUUCCCAGAGGGAAAUUAUAUGAUUGAAAUACACUGGAUAGCCUACGAGAUAAAUCGAGCUAUAACAAAAUUUUAUUGGACACUUACUUGAUAAGACAAGGCAAUCAAAACAAUAAUGACCAGACACUAUAAAAAUAUAAAUGUAAUGCAAAAAAUUUAUCUUCAUUCCAAAGACGAGCUUAAUAAAUAAUGUAUCUAAACCUAAUUGUGAAAGGGUGGUGGAUAUUUAAAAUCAUCUUUCUAAAAGUGUCAUAUUGCAAAGAAGCCAAAAAAACAAAGAACAUGCUAUUAUCAGAUACUUAAUCCUAGCUCCAUAGCUUUUAUAGUUCCUGAGAUCGAGGCGUUCAUACGGACAGACAAACGGACAGACGGGCGGACACAAGCAAAUAUAUGUACUUUAUAGGGACGGAAACUGUUUCUUCAACCUGUUACAUAAUUUUCAACGUAUCUAGGAUAACUUUUUUACUAAACAAGCAA